AUGGCGUGGGAUCAUCUGGACAUCGACAAGCCGCAUCUGGCGUACAUGAUUAUCGGCGGCUUCACCGGCCUGUUCAUGCUGUGCUCCCUGUUCGUUAAGGAGAAGCUCUACAUCGGUGAAGCUACCGUCGCAACCCUGUGCGGUAUUAUCUUCGGCCCCCAUGCCGCGAACCUAUUCAAUCCCCAUGAAUGGGGAAAUGUCGACAAAAUUACACUCGAGUGCUCGCGCAUUGUACUGGUCGUGCAAUGUUUUGCCGUCGGCGUCGAGUUGCCCAAGGCUUACAUGGAGCGACACUGGAAGUCUGUCGCGUUGUUGCUAAUCCCAGUCAUGACCUGGGGCUGGCUGAUUACCAGUCUGUUUAUUUGGUGGAUGGUGCCUCCGCUCAACUGGCUGGAGAGUCUGGUGUGUGCUGCAUGCGUCACGGCCACGGAUCCUGUCUUGGCGUCGUCCGUCGUCGGUAAGGGAAAAUUCUCCAAGCGUGUUCCCAAGCAUUUGCGAGAUCUCUUAUCUGCCGAGUCGGGUUGCAACGAUGGCAUGGCCUUCCCAUUCAUCUACCUUUCUUUCUAUAUUCUCCACUACCGACCUAAUGCCGGAGAGGUGACGAUGAAUUGGUUUUGCAUCACCAUCUUAUACGAGUGCGUUUUCGGCGCGAUUUUCGGCUUCACCAUUGGCUACCUGGCCCGACAUGCCAUCAAGCUCGCUGAACGCAGGGGGCUGAUCGAUCGUGAGAGUUUCCUGGUGUUCUACUUCGUGUUGGCUGUUUUCUGUGCCGGGUCGGGCAGUCUGCUGGGCAUGGACGAUCUGCUGAUUGGAUUCUCGUGCGGUGUCGGCUUCAGUAACGACGGCUGGUUCACGGAAAAGACGGAGGAAUCACAUGUUUCCAACGUCAUAGAUCUGCUGCUUAACUUGGCAUACUUCGUUUACUUUGGAUCGAUCAUCCCUUGGGAGGAUUUCAACGCUCCGGAUCUGGGCUUGACGCCGUGGCGACUGGUAGUGAUUGCGCUUUUGGUCAUUUUUUUCCGUCGCAUUCCGAUCAUGCUUAUGCUGAAACCGUUUAUACCAGACGUCAAAACAUGGCGUGAGGCUCUUUUCGCCGGCCACUUCGGUCCCAUCGGUGUCGGCGCCAUUUUCGCUGCAAUUCUUGCGCGAGCUGAAUUGGAAAAUGACAACACACAGCCUUCACCGGAAGGUAGUCUACCAAAGCCUGGUCAAGACAACUACUACGUUGUCAUGCUUAUCUGGCCCAUUACAACCUUCAUGGUCAUCUCGUCCAUCUUGGUACACGGCUCCUCUAUCGCCGUCUUCACUCUCGGCAAGCGUAUCAACACCUUGACCGUCACCCUGUCCUACACUCAAGCCAACGAGGAAGGUCCUUCUUGGAUGAACCGCCUGCCCCGUGUUCAGUCAAUUGCCAAGGGUUCUAUGUCAUUCCGAAAGACUGACGAACUGGAGGGCUCUUCCGAGGAGAAGCUCCCCGAAUAUCCUCCGGGUACCCUGCCGCCUAUUGGUAUGCCCGGUAACUUCCUUCGCCGCGUGCGCGACGAAGACAGUGAAUCCCAGAGUAUCCCAUCCGAACCUCGAAAGCCUGCGCACCGAAGGAGGCGCCGCAAGCAUGACGAUGCAGGUGGCCCAAUCAGCCAGUCUGCUAUCAUGCCUGCAAAACGUACGAAAAGUGAGGCCGAGGGCGAAGAUAAACAGGAAUUGGAGGAACGCGAUGCAGUCGAGCGUGGAGCUUCGCCACCUAAUGCUGAGCGCGACCGCUUCGGCCGUGAGCCCGAAUUGGAGGUGUUCCAAGAGGGCCACCAUAUGAUCAUCGAGGACGAAGAGGGCAAUGUUCUCAAGACCGAGGACACAACCCACCUGACUCCAGAACAACAGGCGCAGCACAUCGAGGACCAACGCAGGCGUCUCGAGCAUGACAAGAGUGGUGAGCUGGCACCUUCUCAAAGCCAGCCCCACAAGAAGACCGAGGGCGAGGAGAUUGAGAAGGCUAUAGGCGAGAAGACUGGCCACCCCUUCGAAAAGGCCUCUCGCUCAACGUGGGCAAACUGGGUGGGUCUUGGUGGAAGAGACCAAGGCAAAGAAAAGCCCGCGGAGAAGCCAAAGCAGGAGAAACCUAAGGCCGAAUCCGCCAAGCCCAAGCACCGUUCUGCCCAUGCCUACCAGUUUGGUAACACUAUCAUCGUGGAGGACGAGGAUGGUGAGGUACUGAAGAAGUAUACCAUCCCUGGUGACAAACCAUCCAAGCACAAGCCCGCCAAACCCGACGAGGCGGAAGCUGGACCAUCCCGACCAUCCCGACCUCCACUCAAGCGCGGUAUCUCUCGCAUGGGUACUUGGUUCGGCAAAGAAGAAGAGGGCAAGACCUCCCAGGCCGAACAAAAGAAGCCCGUGCCGAGAACCGAGACAGAGGACUGGGCUACUGAUGACGGCUUGCGUUUCACUCUGGCUCAGAACCAGGAGGUUGAUUCCCAGGGCAUCGGCCACAAGGGUCGUCGUAUGAACAAGCAGGAGUUCUUCCAGCAGCUCAAGGGCCUGGACUCCAAAGCUCGCCGCGACAUGGUGCAGCAGACUGAUGCCCCCGCCGUUGUGAAGGAGGCUGCUAUCGACGACGCCAAGCAGGAGGAGAAACACGAGCGUCGUCUUUCUGCAGCCGCCGCUGGAGCCGCUACCGGUAUCAUCCCGGAGGAGGUAGCCGAAGACCUCGAGUCCGAAUCAGUCACCGAAACCGAAGGCAGCGAAGAAGAAACCAGUGACGGACCUGUGUCUAGUCCCAACGUGGCCGCCUCACUCGCCAAGUUCACCCGCGGCAGCUCUGCCCAGGAACGCCGCAGCAACCUCGACCCUGGCCCUCGCACCCGCGACCGUGUCCGUCGUGACUCUGACGACGACGGCACUGAGCGUAUUCCUCCCUCACGUCUUCGCCAAGCUGCCGGCCUCGCUGCUCCCCCGCGCCAGACAGACGAUGACACGGGCGAAACACCCGCUGAACGUCGUCGACGUCUCGCUGCUCUGGGCCAGAUCCACAAUGAUGACUCCGCUUCUGAGAGUGACGACGCAGUCGCCUCUGACAGCGAAGAUGAUGGCGAACCUCGUCAACCCCCCGGCAAGAUAUCAUUUGCCGAGAAUCUGAAGCCUGAACAGUCCAACCCCGGUGACCAGUCAUCUCCAUCUGGGUCCGGUUCAGGCUCGGGCUCGGGCUCGGGCUCGGGCACUGGAUACACCCGCGGCCACCGACCUCGCGUUUCAUGGGGUGGAGAAAAGGGCCGUGGCUCCUAG